AUGGCCGGAAGUCGAUUACGCCGCCGAUCUAUUUCUGAUAUUUGUGUGCAAAACCAAGCAUUACUUCCGGAUUCACCCACAGUCCAGAGUCUCAUUGGAUGGAGCCUCGACCAACCGGAAAGCUUUGCUCUACUGCCCCCUCCCUUUAACCAGAAGGAUGAAGCGUUCAGAGAGAAGCUAAGAAUCAUGUUUCUCCAACUAUGGUGGUCGCUUUUGGGUCUGGUUGUGUUUCGACCAGCUCGAGCAGACCCAGGACCAAGUGCCGUGAGAACUCUUGUAUGGGGACCCGGACUUGAAGCAAAUAUUGUCCUGCCUGUUCGAUUUUUUUUCAUCCAAGCAGUGGACAACUCAGGGAGAAAUCUAACAACAUCACCAGGGGAGAAAACCUUUGAGGUGAAGAUCGUGUCUCCGUCGGAGCAUUUCACCAGGAUUUGGAUUCAGGUUCUAGAUCGCCAAGAUGGGUCUUUACUGGUUCGUUACAGAAUGUAUGCAAGCUAUGCAGACCUUCACAUCCAUGUGCUACUCGGCGACCAGCAUGUGGCCAAGUCUCCAUACGUUCUCAGAGGACCAGUAUACCAUGAGGGCUGUGACUGUCCGCAACUCGACGGCUCAGCUUGGCAGUCGCAUAUGCGCUGUCCUCACUCCUUUCCCCAGAUAGAGCGCGAUUUGUCCCAUUUCGCCAGCAUCGACCCAGAGCGCAACGAUAAGGAAAUUCCACAGCGCUUUGGGCAGCGACAAAGCCUCUGCCACUACACCAUCAAAGAUAACAAGAUCUACCUUCAAACACUUGGUGAGCACGUUGGUUUCCGGAUCUUUAUGGAUGCCAUCCUGCUGUCACUUAGCAGAAAGGUGAAGUUACCUGACAUGGAGUUUUUUGUAAACCUGGGUGACUGGCCACUCGAGAAGAGGAAACCCUCUCAGAAUCUUCAUCCUAUAUUCUCCUGGUGUGGCUCAAACAACACCAGAGAUAUCGUCAUGCCCACAUAUGACCUGACUGAGUCAGUCCUUGAGACCAUGGGCAGAGUGAGCCUGGACAUGAUGUCGGUGCAGGCAAAUACAGGACCACCGUGGGCCAAGAAGAAUGCCACUGCCUUCUGGAGAGGGCGGGACAGUCGUCAGGAGCGCCUGGAGCUUGUCAAGCUGUCGAGGGCCCACCCCCACAUGAUAGAUGCUGCUUUUACCAACUUCUUCUUCUUCAAACAUGACGAGAGCUUGUUCGGCCCGCUGGUCAAGCAUGUAUCCUUCUUUGACUUCUUCAAAUACAAGUAUCAAAUAAACAUUGAUGGCACCGUAGCAGCUUAUCGCUUGCCUUACCUCUUGGCCGGAGACAGUGUGGUGUUCAAGCAGGAUUCAGGCUACUACGAGCAUUUCUACAAUGAGCUGGCACCAUGGGAACACUACAUCCCAAUCAGAGCCGACCUCCGAGAUCUGCUUGAUAAGAUACAAUGGGCCCGAGACCACGAUGAAGAAGCCAAGAAAAUUGCACUCGCAGGUCAACAGUUUGCACGCAAAGAACUUAUGGGAGACAAUAUAUUUUGUUACUAUUACAAACUUUUCCAGGAGUACGCUAAACGCCAAGUGACUCAACCCAAAAUCCGUCAAGGCAUGGAGUUGGUAGAACAACCUAGUGAUGACCUCUUUCCGUGUUCUUGCCUCCGGACACAGGCGAAAGAUGAACUCUGA